AGCUGCUGUUGGCUCUCUAUCCCAAAACUUACUCUCCGCCUCUCUCUCUCUCUAGCUUGCGCGCGCCUUUCCUUCUCUUAUAUCAUUCAUUCAGCAAGCGCAGCAUGAACUCCAUCUCCACCCCACCAUCAUAAUCGCCACAGCUCUAUCUGGACUGCUUCAACCUCACAAAUUCAGACCCCUCUCUCUCUCUCUAUCGUAGCCUAAUUCUCAAUUAAUCCCCUGCCCCCAAAAUCAGUUGAGCAGAGUACUGCAACAAAUGAAAAUGGUGCCCAGCUCCGGCGCCGGCGCCGGCGGAAGGAAAGUGCUGGUCGGAGUGAAGUUAGACUCCCCGAGCAGGGAGCUACUGACUUGGGCUCUCGUCAAAGUUGCCGAGCCUGGGGAUGUCGUCAUUGCCCUCCAUGUCCUCGGCAGUAAUGAAAUUGUGGAUCGGGAAGGCAAGUCGCCACUUCUCUCCCUUGUGAAAGCUUUUGACUCCAUUCUCGCCGUCUAUGAAGGCUUCUGCAACUUGAAGCAGGUGGAUCUGAAGCUAAAGAUUUGCAGAGGAUCAUCAAUUCGGAAAAUACUGGUUCGAGAAGCAAAUUCAUACACAGCAACAAAACUCAUACUUGGAGCUGCCCCAAAUUACACAGUCCGCUCGCCGACCUCCGUGGCCAAAUAUUGCGCCAAGAAGCUUGCUGCCACUGAUUGUUCUGUUCUCGCAGUCCAUAAUGGGAAAGUGGUCUUUGAGCGACACUCUUCUCUUGUCGAUUCACAAGGUUCGGUUUUUGUUUCCCCUCUUCCAAAAUCCUACCGAAAUUCACCGUCCAAAAAGCACUCAAUGCCUUGUGGGAUUCCUGCAGGGACAGAUUGUGGGAGGAAACCCCGCCAUGGCUUGCUCAACAAGAUCCACAGGUCAAUCUCCUUGCACAAGAACUCCAAAAUCAUGAGCGAAAAUGGUGGCAAUUUGGCGUCAGAUGAUGGUGGCCAGACUUUGCAGCAGGCCUUGGUGAAGGCUCGUUGUAAUAACAGUCUGGAGAAUGUCGUGAUGAAAGAUAGUUGCCUGGUUUGUGGGUCAGAAACCAAAGCAUCUUCUGAUAGACCUUGUAUUGAGGACUCUAAUGGAGAUGAAGGUGAAGGCGGCGACGACUCUUUGGCUAUAGUGGCUGUGCCGAAGGUGGAGGACACUACUACAAGUUCAAUUACUUUGUUGGUGAAGCAAUUGCCUGAAUCAAAACCUGGAUGGCCACUGCUCAGUCAUGUGGUAUCGUCAAAUCAUCAGAAACCUUCCGCGGUGGGCAGAUCGUCGGUUAGGAAGAUCUCUGUGGUUCAAUGGGCACUGAGGCUACCCACUAGGCAGCUCUCUUCAUCGAUUCCCAGUUUGGAGUAUAAAUGUGAGAAAGAUAGUAAUAGUGAUAAGUCUUCUUGUUUGGAUGAAGAAAGUGGUGCAAUUGUUCCUGUUGGUUUUGAGUCGUGGGGGACUUCGCCUUCUCCGGAUCGUAGCUUCAACACUUUGCCUAAAGAAUUGGAGGGCCUUCAUGAGAAAUACUCUGCAACUUGCAGAUUGUUCAAGUUCCUCGAACUCGCCUCGGCCACAUCUAAUUUCUUGCCAGAGAACUUGAUUGGUAGAGGUGGGAGCAGUCAGGUUUACAAAGGCUGCCUUCCAGAUGGGCAGGAACUCGCCGUGAAAAUCUUGAAGCCGUCUGAAGAUGUGUUGAAAGAGUUUGUUCUGGAAAUUGAGAUCAUCACUGCUUUGCAUCACAAGAACAUAAUUUCUCUCCUUGGGUUUUGUUUUGAGGACAAGCAUCUCCUCUUGGUUUAUGACUUGCUGUCCAGGGGAAGCCUAGAAGAGAAUCUUCAUGGUAAUAGGAAAGACAGGAUUGCAUUCUGUUGGGGUGAGAGGUAUAGGGUGGCUGUAGGAGUUGCUGAGGCCUUGGAUUAUCUCCACAAUCACAGUGCUCAACCUGUAAUCCAUAGAGAUGUGAAAUCCUCAAACAUCCUAUUGUCUGAAGAUUUUGAGCCUCAGUUGUCUGAUUUUGGACUUGCUAAAUGGGCAUCAACCACUUCAUCCCAUAUAGUCUGUACUGAUGUCGCUGGAACUUUCGGUUACUUGGCUCCUGAAUACUUCAUGUAUGGCAAAGUCAACGACAAGAUCGAUGUGUAUGCAUUUGGCGUUGUGCUCCUUGAGCUUCUUUCUGGAAGAAAGCCUAUUAGCAAUGAUCACCCAAAAGGUCAAGAGAGCCUGGUUAUUUGGGCAAAACCGAUUCUUCAUGGUGGCAAGGUUACCCAGUUAUUAGAUCCAAGUUUGGGUAGCAACUAUGAUCUUGAUGUGAUUCAAAGGAUGGUCUUGGCUGCUACCCUCUGCAUUCGACGUGCCUCUCGAGCUAGGCCGCCUAUGAGCAUUGUGUCGAAGCUCUUGAAAGGCGACCCCGAAGUAACAAAGUGGGCGAACCAGCAAGUGAAUAUUGCUGCAGAGGACUCCGACUCUCUCGAUGAAGGAUCCAGCCCACGUUCUGACCUCAAAUCGCACCUUAACCUCGCACUGCUCGACGUGGACGACGAUUCACUCUCAAUGAGCAGCAUAGAGCAAAGCUUAUCAUUAGAAGAGUACUUGCAAGGCAGGUGGAGUCGCUCGUCCAGCUUCGACUAACCAGAACUCCUACCAUCCAAAUGGUGGAAGGAAGAAGAGGUGGUCUCCGAGUUCUCUCGGGUAAAACCGAAUUCGUUCACCUCUAUGUAUAUGUGAAAUAUCUUUCACCCUCCCCUUUUAUGAGCUGGGUGUUCUUUCUUUCUUUCUUUCAUUUUGUCUGUCUGGUGUUGGAUGUGAGGUUGUUUGUGGUGGUUCCCCUCCUCCUUCCCCAUUGGCAAGUUUCAGUAGAGAGUGUGAUUCAUGGCUUUUGGCCCUCCUUUCUCAAUAUUUGUUUGAGACAAAGGGCCCAGCCUUUUAGCUUCCUUCUCUGUUGUUUUGUUGCAAGAGCUGUGGGUUUUUGGCUAUGUGCACCCAUCUCUAUUUGUAAGGGUGAUGUUGAUCACAAAAUGGAUCUUCAUUGCAGUAUAUCUAAGUGGGGGGUAAAAAACAGGUAAUAAGAAACAACUUUGGUGAUCCUUUCUUCAACGAGUUGGUUGUUGUUUCAUUUGUUUCCCUCUUAUCUUUUUGUUCCUACCUUGUUUGUUUUGCUCGUUUCAAUUCAAUGUGG